AUGAACAUGGUGGCUGAGGCACUUCUGACUCAAGUUAUCAAUCGGCAGCCAAAGAUUUCUUCUUUGUCAUGGGAAGAACAUCUACGACAUGGACACAUACCUUUCAGGAGAGACUGUCUGGUGUGUCAACAAUCUCUACAACAACAACCGCCUCACAGAAAAGUGAAGCAUCCCUUGGGAGGCGUCCUGUCCAUCGACACAACAGGGCCCUUCAUCAGAGCCUAUGAUGCAGGUGGCUACAAGUCUGCAUACAUCUUGGUUGGCGCUCUCACUUGGACGGUGCCAAAAGACUCCAAAAUUCGAGAAGAAGAAGUACCAGAACUUGAAGGCGAAGCCCCAAACUUUGAAGCCAGAAAAGAUGAAGAAGUGAUUGCGAUGGAAGAUCAACAUGAUCAACCUCAAGAGCAGCCUCAGGGAAUCCUUGAUGACGAAGAACUAGAAGUUGAGGAGCGUCAAAGGGCCCCAGAGGGUGAGGAUGAAGUUCCAAAAGUUGAGGAGUGUCAAAGGGCCCCAGAGGGUGAGGCUGAAAGAAAAGAAGAAGAAAAGGAGGAGUUCGAGACGCGAGUUUUUCGUCUUGCGGCUCCUAUGUACUCAAAGAAGGCAACUGAAGUCACCCGAGCGGUGAUGGACAUGAUGCUCCGUCUUCGAGCUGACGGGUACCACAUUGGCCAUAUCCACAGCGAUCAGGGCCAUGAGUUUCAAGGCCAUUUCAAAAGAUGGUGCCGAGAAAGAGGAGUUCUUCUGACAAGGACACCAGGAGAUGAUCCAAGAGCCAAUGGGCGUGCUGAGACGGCAGUGAAGUCCAUAAAGACACAAGUCAGGAGGAUCCUACUUCAGGCACAAGCAGAACCAACAUGGUGGCCUUGGGCGACACGAUAUGUCAACGAGCUCAACCGUUCAGUCAGGCUUGCAAAGACCCCUGACUACCCUCCUUUUCUCUCCGACAUCAUGGUCAGAAAGCGAAGAUGGAGGAGAGGAACCUUCGAAACUUCCACAGAAACCGUGAAGUAUCUCUGUCCUGCUCCUGAAGAACAUGGACACUGGGUCAUGCCAAAGGACGAAGCUCCGAGAAUCACAAAGCUCAUCAUGAAGGCGACACACCUUCCGUUGGCUGAGGAACAGUGGAUGGCUUUGGAGCGAGAAUCCUUGGAUGCCUUAGCUGUCAGAAGAAGGAUGAGAGGAAAAUCAACAAUAAGAAAGCUUCAAGAGGAGGACAGAGAAGGUAAAGAAGAAGAGGAGGAAAAGAAGCGAAGAGUGUACAUGCUCCGCCUGAUUGAAAAGGAGAUGUGCCUCAUGGUCGAUGACGACCCCGAGCUGGCCAAAGAAGAGUUCCAGAUCUUGGCCAACAUCAGAAAGAUGGCAUCUGUGCCGAAUGAGGAAGAAGAAGUUCUGCAGACACGGAUUGUGUCGCCAAAAGAGGUUUCAGAUCACUGGCCAGAUUGGAUUCCAGCGGCCAAAAGCGAGGUCGACUCACUUCUCUAUGACAAGCAGGCCUUCAAGGAGAUUGGACCUGAAGAACUUUCUCAACUACGACAAGAAGCAGAGAAGGCUGGAAGAGGAAUCGAGUUCAUUCCUUCAAAGCUGGUCUUCACUCGAAAGCCUGGUCCAGACGGAGGUCGAAAAAAGAUGAGGUGGGUGGCUUGUGGAAACCUCGAACCCAAGAAGGAGGACGAGGACAACUUCAGCUCAGGAGCCGAUGCAGCAUCACUGAGAAUCUUGGCGUGGUGCGCAGCGCUUUUCCAAUGGAGCGCCUCAGUUCUGGAUGUUCGAACGGCAUUCUUGAAUGCCAAGAUGGUGCUUUCUGAAGAUGAGGAUGUGAUCCUUGUCAAACCUCCCUGGCUUUUGACAGAAAAAGCCUACCUUCGGAAGGAUGUGUACUACCUCCCUGAGAAGGCCAUCUACGGCUUGAGACGGUCACCGAAACUUUGUGGCAUUACAAGAGAUGAGACCAUCUCGUCCCUGGAAAUUCAGGGGGAGUACAACGGCAAGAACAUGGACUUCCACUUUGAAGCCCUGCAGUCAGAACCCAACUUGUGGCGCCUUGUCAACUCCAAUGACGAUGAGGACACCACUACCUAUGCGAUGCUGAUGACCUAUGUGGACGACAUCAUGCUGGCGUCGUCUCCCAACUUGCUCAACAUCAUCCAGGAGAAGCUUCGAACGACAUGGAGCACUUCAACCCCGGAGAUGGUUGGCGAAACUCCAGUGCGUUUUCUUGGAGUUGAGAUCUCAAAGACAUGGUGUGAUCAACUACAACGUGAAGUUUGGAUGGUCACUCAGCAGAGCUACACCACCGACAUGGUACAGAAGGAGACCGACCUCAAGGCCAAAAAGAUCCCAAUUUCAAGGGAUCAAUCUCAAAUGGGGCCAUCAACGGAAGCUCCAACCACAGAGAUGAUUCGUGCGGCUCAGAAGGCCGUUGGAGAAGUCCUCUGGCUCACCACUCGGGCCAGACCGGACAUUAUGUUCACAGUGGCCCGAAUGGGGUCAUCAGUGACGAAAGCCCCUGAAGCAGUGCUGAAGGCCUCAAUCCAGCUCAAAGGCUAUUUGAAGGCUACGUCCAAUGAGGGCCUGAUCUUCAAGGUUGGUGAGAACGAACACCCAGUUCUCACGGUGUUCACGGAUGCCAGUUUUGCCCCAGAUUCCCAGGAGUCUCAUGGGUCCUUCAUAGUAAUGUUGGGGGCCACACCCAUUUUCUGGCGGUCUGGAAGACAAGGAUUUGUGACACUCAGCACAGCAGAGGCCGAGCUGACCGAAAUCGUAGAAGGGAUGAUAGCAGGGGAGUCAAUCUUUGUCAUCCUUGCUGAGCUGUUCCCAAAGAUCUCCAAGCUGGUGAAGACAGACAGCAUGUCUGCACAGGCCAUUUUGGCCAACGAAGGUGGAAACUGGCGAACUCGCCAUCUGCGCUUGAGAUGUUCGUUUGCCAGGCAGUCCAUUCUGGCAGGCGAGUGGUCAACACAACAUGUGGCAGGAGAGUACAUGCUGGCCGACAUCGGCACCAAACCCCUGUCAUCAGUGCGUUUUGAGUUUUUGAAAAAGCUCAUGGGCAUGGGCAGCUUGCCUAUGAAAAGCGAAGAGAAGGUUGAAGUUGAAGAACAGUUGGAAGAAAAAGAGAAGGUUGAAGCAGAGGAGAAAGAAAGAAAGAAAGAAGAAGGAGAAAAGCGAAGUGAAAAGCAGGACGGCCGUGAGGCCAACAAAGAUGGCCACCUUUUGGCCGAAGCUGCUCAGGUACUUCGUUUGAUCACUCUGGCAGCGACUAUGUCGAUCUCGAAGGCGGAAAAAGAUGGAGAAGGAGCGGAAGAGAUGGUAUCUUUUGAGAUCAUCAUUCUCUACACCUUUGCGGUGGUCUUCAUAACUUUGAUGGCACAGCGUAUUUGGGAAGCUGGAGUACGGGGAUGGAGAUUUCUGCGACAGCACGUGCUUGCUCAACCUGGAAGUCACCCUGGACGCGCUGUGGAAGGAUCUACGAGCUCUUCCUCAAGGGAACCUUUGCGAUCUACGGCGGCAUCAAGCACAGGCCGUUCCAUCGAAAAAACUGGACGAUCAUCGACUAUGUCACCAGCUCCUCUACCAGACCAACAUGCUCCGCUACCACGAGAUCAACAUGCUCAGCUACCACGAGUUCAACGACGUGCACAAGAACCAGAGCGAUCCUUGAGAGGAGAUGAAGCUCCGCUACCACAUGAUCAACCAGAAGGACCAACAUCAUCAACAUCAGUGACUCAGCGUGAUGUUCUACGUGAAUGUGAUGAAAUUGAACGUGAAGAAAGGCUGGUAACAGCCGAGCUGAAUCGAGCGUCUCCAGAGCAUCCUCUUUUGGGGCCGCCAAGCCAGCAGUUGAAUGAGUAUGAAACAGUGGAUUUUCCGUUCCUGGUGAUCACGACGAAGUGCGGAACGGUAUAUCACUCUCACUGGAGUUGCCGAUAUUUAACUGCCUCGGCGACCGGUGCAAAAAAGAUGCGAAGAUGGUGCCUAGAAUGCCGACGAGAAGCCGUUCAGUCAGGUGUUUUUCCAUCACGUGGUGCAGCGAUGUUCCUAACGAGCUGGGAAGCUGAUGUGCACUCUAAUCCAAUGUGCGAACGUGCUGACAGAGCCAAUGCUCUCAGCCUUUGCACAGUAUGCCUUGAUAGGUUUCAAAUUCAUUUGUGCUGUGAUCCGCAGCUACCUUUUAGCAUUUGCCCAACGCUGCUGACUUCAGCGAAUGGCGAAAACCCUUUGAGCAGCCGCUGUUUUGCAGGCGGGAAGACGGUGGAGGUGGCGAAGUUGCGCUUGGACGAUCCGUUGGACUUCAGUGAAGGGGAUCACGGUGUCUCUGGUGGCAUCCAGGUUUGGGAGGCGGCGAAUCUGCACCCAACCAAUGUGGAUACCGUGAAGCGACUGGGGGGAGAUCCCAAGCAUCCCUUUCCUCUGGAGGAAGAACUGCAGACAGAGGCCGACAAGUGCCGAAAAGUGUUCCAUCUCUUUCAGAAGCAGAUGAUGGCGGUGAAAGGUGAGGCAUCAGUUUCAUCUUUGGGACCUUCAAGUGGCACAGCGCCCUCUGUGAACUCUGUGAACUCUGCAGAGCUCACCAUGGCAACGCUGAACAGUUAA